CAAAAAUUCUCGGUGAGCGGGUGAUUUGGGGCGCAGCUGAAAAAUAUUGUCGUGGCAGGUGUGAAGAGCGUGCCCAGGUGGUCCCGACAGCGUCCUUCGGAAAGCAAGACAGUUGUGGAAGGGCCACAAGGCUGAAACCCUGACACGUGCCUGCUUAGGUGAAUAUAUUACCACGCUCAAUGCCCAACAUCACCUACCGCAUCUAGACGACAACAAUGGAAACCGCACCACCGUCCGAUGUGCUCAAAAAGAUCGAGCCGCUGAGCGACUACUCUCUUGGGGGCUACCAUCCCGUUCACAUUGGAGAUCAACUCAAGGACGGCCAAUACACGAUAGUCAACAAGCUAGGCUGGGGAGCCUAUUCAACUGUAUGGCUGGCAACGGAUGCCAGCAGCAAUGGUGCCUGCGUGGUCGUAUCUAUUUCGAAGGCCAUCACCGCUGACGCCUACCGCAACGACCUGAUGGCGAAGAUGGAAUAUCUCAAAACCGGCGAUGACAACCACCCCGGGAAGAAGAACUUGCUCUUCCCGAUGGACUCAUUUUCGCUCGGUGGGCCUAACGGGCAACACUUCUGUCUUGUCAUGGAAUUCGAAGGCCAGACGGUCUCUAGAGCAACGAAUCGAGCACAAGGCGCCGCCACACGACCACUGCCACUGGCACACGCGAAGAAAGCCGUCUUGGACCUUGGAAAUGGCAUCCACUACAUGCAUACCCUAAAGAUGACGCAUAACGACUUACAUCCCGCCAACCUAUUCCUCGGCAUUCCGAGCGACCAGCCAUGGUCGCUAGACAAAUUCGAAUCGGUCUGCGGCCCACCGAAGCUGAUCAAGACGAGCGAUAUCCCCGACACGCCGAAGAGCGAGCACGCCCCCAACUACGUCGUUAUAGACGCAUUGACCCACGACGUCGACCGCGAUCUCUUCCCAGGCCCGUUCAAGAUAGCUGACUUUGGACUGGCAUUCCAUUGGGGUGAGAAGCAUCCCAAAAUGGCCACGAAUGGGCCUUACAUCGUACCGGAGCAAAAUGCGCCCGGUGACAUUAGCUCAGUGGCAGAUGUAUGGAUGUUUGGCUGCGCGAUAUACCAGUUUCUUUCCGGGUUUGAUCUUAUGGGUACACUCAACGAUCCAUCUCUCAAGAUGCUCCAUCAAAUGAUGGACGUUCUAGGUCGGCCACCGGAAUGGAUGCUUGCAUCUUGGAAAGCGAUGCACGGAGAGGAGAUACGCGUCAUCGAGGAACCUACCUGGUCGUUAGCGGCGCGGGUCAGGGAAAUUCGAGAAGGAAAUGCAGAUAUCGGGAUGAAGCCUAGACAGGAGGAUUUCUCCGAGGAUGAUGUGGCGGUCCUAACGGAUCUUCUCAGCUACAUGAUGCAUUUCGAGCCUUCGGCUAGACCGACGAUCGAGCAAGUGUUGGCUCACCCCAGCAUGGAAUUCUUCCGACGUGGCCACUCUUGA